AUGAAUAAAAUUUUGGACAAUAAGGGGGCCACAUGCAUCAAGGGCGUGUCUGAAGUGCCGGUGAAAAAUUGCAACGAACUAUUUGAAAUGUUGAUGAUUGGAGCUAAUUAUCGUCAUAUCGGUUCCACUAACAUAAACCGUCACAGCUCACGUUCUCAUACCAUUUUUACUAUUGUUGUUACCAUUCGAGAAGUAACCAAUGGUGAAGAGAUUGUUAAAACUGGUAAAAUCCAUUUGAUUGAUUUAGCCGGAAGUGAGAAUGUUGGUCGUUCUGGAGCAACCGAAAUGCGUGCUAGAGAAGCCGGGYCCAUAAAUAAGUCMCUUCUAACUUUGGCCAAAGUUAUAAAAGCUUUGGCUUUAAAAUCGCAACAUAUUCCUUACAGGGAAUCGAAACUAACUCGUAUUCUUCAAGACAGUUUGGGGGGCAAGAGCAAAACUUCCAUUAUUGCGACUUUUUCUCCUUCCUCUGACGUUUUUGAAGAGACUGUUAGUARGUUAGAUUAUGCACAUAUGGCCCGAASCGUCUGCAAUUGCCCCACUUACAAUGUCAAAAAUAUUCGCAGAGAUAACGUGAUUAAAGAUUUAGAAGAUGAAGUUACUACUUUACGUCAGGAAAUAAACGCUGCCAGAGAAGGUGAGGGCUUCCAUUUAGAUACCGAGACCUACGAGAAGAUUCUUCUUGAAAUUAAAGCAAAACGUGAAAGAGUCCUCUCACUAACUYCYGAAAUAACAAGACUGAACGAUYAUWUUAACCGCCYAAAGCAGUCWGUUGAAGRACUAGGACAGAAUUACGAGCAGUCUGUAACAAAAUUGAAAMCUSUCCAAAAAGAMUUAGAASAGGAAACUCUCAAACWACAAGAGAGUGAAUUUGCGAUUGCCCACAUGACCGAUAAUCUGUCCCAAUUGGAACAACAAUCAAAGGCAUUACAUGACGUUCAUCAAACAUCAGCGAAACAUGGGGAGAUCUACUACCAAAAAUACGACUCCCAAUGUAAUGCAACACUUCAUAAUGCAAAAGUGGCCAAAGAAAUGCUCGUGGUGUCAUCCCAGAACUUGAAAAGGGUUGAAAACACCCUCGAACAGUUUGGGAUAAACGAAAAUGACCAUUUGUAUGCUUUAGCAACACACAAUGCACGUAUUAAAGACAACUUACGACAGGAUUCCGCACGUUUAAAACAACUUUUAAGCGACGUGGCGGUUUUUUCCGAGAAGCUUAAGUGCACAUUUGAGACUUUGUUUGAGAACUCUGGGAUUACAGAACGCGACGUUAAAUUGAAUUUAACCUCGACGGCUAGUGCCAAUCAUAAACUAUUGGGGCACAAUUUUCGAAUAAUUAACUCAAUUUUGAGAAAAUUAAAGGAUUACAUUGAUGAAACUAGAGCGUCAUUGGCUGAAGCAACAUUUCAGUAUGAGAGUGAUGUUACCGCACAGUUUUCCUCCUUGAGCGAAAUGUACGAUAAAUACUACUCUUUAAUGAAUACCUUGCAUGCCAUUCUACAGAAACGUUACAUUCGAAUUAAGCGUUUGUUGAGUCAAAACGAUGAAAAUGUCCAAUCGUGGGAGAAACUCAUCAGAUCYUUUACAACCAAACAAGAGGAUUUGUCCUUGGAAUUGGAGACUGUAAUGCACGUGAGGGGGUACAUCACCGAACUCAUCGACGUGUUGAAAGAAAGAGCUCCAAGAAUCAACGAAAAGCUCAAUACCAUUGUUACCAAUUUCAACCAACAGACGGCCCAUUUUCAARUAAAUGAGCUUAGAUUGAAAGUGGAAACAACUGAAGAAGACAUUAAAGACAGUCAAAGGGUUUGCUCUGUGCAGAUUUCUCAAAAUCACCGCAUGACCCAAAAUUACUURGCUAAAUUCUUUGAUACUAUUGAACAACGRGUCGAGGAACAGAAUGAGGGAGUUGUUGCAAAAAAYGAAGUUAUGGCAAAGGAGGCUUUUGACAUCUUAGAAAACCAAACUCGCGAGAUUUCGAAGUUCUCCGCCCAAGCUGCAGCGUCACUUGAUAAUCUUCUUAAUAAUGAACAUCGWUCCGUUGCAAAYGUGGUAGAAUUUUCGCAACACACCGUUGAAAAUCUCGAAGGUAUGUUACGAGAAGUUAAUUUUACUGGUAAAUCGGGUGAUACACCAGUGAAGCCAACGUACGAUUAUCCGAAAAAGAUCAAUUCUGGACUCUCUAAGGAAGUAUUGAAAAAGGAGUUCAAGAAGACGCUUCUACACGAGACCCAAGAUAAUGAUGCAAACACCCCAAGGGAUGAUAAUAACUGA